AUGAAGUUAUUUAUUACACUUUUGAUGUUGAUGUCUUUGACAUUGGCUAUCUCAUUGGCCGAGCAAGAUGCAACAGUCACCACAGAUCCAAACUACCAUCUGUCUUUGGUCAACAAAAUUAGAGCAGACAAUGGAAAGAGUCCACUAAAGCUCAGUCCAUGUCUUAUGGACUCUGCACAAUUCCACUCUGAGUACCAAGCAAACACCAACACAAUGACACAUGACGAUCCUAAUGGCGGCCUUUAUGAGAGGUUCACAGUAUAUGGAUCGACAAACUACACCGCUGGUGCUGCUGAGAAUGUCGCAGCUGGCCAACAAUCUGAUGACUCUGUUGUCACUGCCUGGAAGAACUCUGCAGGUCAUUUCGCCAACAUGAUUGGUGACUACCAGUUGAUUGGAAUCGGUCUGCAAGUGUCUGGAAAGGGCACACCAUACUGGACCCAACAGUUCACCUCUGGUGCCUGUGUUCACAAGAACUCAAGCAGCCGUGCCACCUUCAGCGUUGCCACCAUCCUUGCCAGCGUUGUCUUUGCCCUCGCUGCCCUCUUGCUC